AAGGCAAACCUCUAGACAAAGUUCUGGGUGCUUCUCUGUGCUUGGCUUAAAGUCUAAGAAUGCAAAACACAUGGAGUUAGAUUAUAGUAGAUUCAUAUUAUGAGCCAGCUAAGAUUGGAUGUCCUCAUCAAUGCUGAUUUGAAGUGUUUGUUUUCUCUUCACUGACAUUAAAAGUCCAGUUACAUGAUCAUAUCAGGUUCAGCCUUCUCAGCUCAUGUCAACCAACCUACCUGAAACCUUGAGCUAGUAAGGAGAAAUUGCUCCAGCCCUCAGCUGCUGUAGGCUGACUAUUUCAGUGUCCAACUUUCAGAAGUAAAAUUCACCAAAAUCUUUUGGAAUCCUGCAGCACCAGGAGCUGAAACAACUAAAUGAGGUAAUUUUAAGAAGCCUUACUGAAGCUUAAGAGCAAAGCUGGCUGUGGAAUUCUGGGAGUUGAAGUCCACACAUGUUACAGUUGCCAAGAUUAAGCAACACUACUUUAGAGCAGGGUUUCUCAGUCAGGGUUCCCUGAGAAGCCAUUAGGAGUUCCCUGGGAGAUCACGAUUUAUUUUAAACAUUAUUUCAAAUUUGGGCAGCUUCACAUUAAAGAGGUUUUUCUUGCAGGUUUCAGCUAUGUGGCUCCACCUGGCUGUCCUGGUGGGGCUUUACCUCCUUUGUCGCUGGUACUGGGAGAGACAGAUAGUGGAGAGCCUGAUGGAGAAAUACGUCUUCAUCACCGGCUGUGACACUGGCUUUGGGAACCAGCUGGCCAGGCAGCUGGAUGCUCGGGGUCUGCGGGUGCUGGCCGCUUGCCUCACUCUGGAAGGAGCAGAGCGUCUGGAAAAAGUCACUUCCAACCGGUUAAAAACCAUCCUGCUGGAUGUCACCAGCACUGAGAGAGUGGCAGCAGCCGCUGAGUGGGUGAAAACAUGCGUGGGGAACAAAGGACUCUGGGGCUUGGUGAACAAUGCAGGAACCGCUUUCCCAUUGGCCCCCAACCAGUGGCUAACCAAGGAUGACUUUGCAAAGGUGCUAAAUGUCAAUUUGCUGGGAGUAAUUGAUGUGACCCUGCACCUGCUGCCCCUCAUCAGGAGAGCCAGAGGGAGAGUGGUCAAUGUGAGCAGUUUGGCUGGAAGAAUUGCCUACAUUGGAGGAGGCUACAGCCCUUCGAAAUUUGCAUUGGAAGCCUUCUCUGACAGCCUCCGGCGUGAAAUGCAUCCUUUCGGGGUCAAAGUCAGCAUCAUCGAGCCAGGCUCAUUUUCAACAGGAAUGAGUAAAUGUGCAGCAGAGUUCUUCAGCACCUUCUGGAGUAAAGUACCAGCUGAUAUCAAAGAACUCUAUGGCCAGGAAUUCUGGAGUAACAUUGGCCAAACGUUUGUUGGCAGUAAAUGGCAGAAGACAGACCUCCACCUGGUUACAGACUGUAUGGAACAUGCCCUGAUCUCUCUCUACCCUCAUAGCCGUUAUGCUGCAGGCCGAGAUGUCAAAUUCUUCUUCAUCCCCCUCUCUUACUUGCCAACCUCACUGUCAGAUUAUAUUAUGACUUAUGGCCACCUGAGACCAGCCAAAAGUCUGUAUUGAUCAUAGUCUCAUAGCUUGUACAAGAACCAGACUAUACCCACUCCUCAUUUAGCAACUACCUCUGUUAGUAACCAUUCACAAACACUAAGGUAAUAAAAAAUUCAUUUUCUAACAUUGCAUGCAUUUUUGACCAAAUUUCAUACACCUGACAACAAUUCAUGCCGGUGUGCGAUCUUCUCAGUGUCUCUCUCUCUCUAUCACGCGUUCACUUAGUGACCAUUUCACCUCACGACCUGGUUGUUGGAACAGAACUCAGUUGCUAAACAAGGAGUGGGUGUAUAGAAAUGAUGAGAUACAUGGAUUAUAGCAGGGUUCUUUGGAUUUUUUUAAAAAAAUAUCUGCUGAAUAGGUACAAGACUGAAGCAAGUUACUUGUUCCAAGUUUGUCAUUUGCACAAAAACUGAAACCUACCUCAGUCAGGCUUAAUAAGGAACUGAAGUUCAUUUCCUCUUAAAUCCCAAAUAAACUUGGGCCAAUCCAUUUUCAUAUUCUUUGGUAAAUAAGUUCACUUUUAUGUGACUCAAAAGCAUUCUAUCCAUUCAAAACCACUGCUUUUGGACAGAAUAACCUUUAACGUACGAUGGAAGUGAACAGCAAUUACAAAAAAAUAAAUAAUUCAGUAGGUAUUAAUAGAAAACUUUGGCAGCUGCAGUCCUAUUGAUCAAGAAGUAAAAGGAAGAUAGUGUCAUGGCCAGCAAUGACUCUGAAGACUCGGAGGAGGAGGAAGUUACCUCAGAGGACCUGUGGAACAGCAGCCUGCCUCAGAGAGCAGCAGGGAAACACUUGGGGCUGGUUUGGCUGCAGAGCCUGUGGAGCAGCUGGAAGCAGCAGCAGAUGAGGGGUCUGAUCCAGGACCUCCCCCCAGUCCUAAGGGGCGGAGGGCAGAGCAGAGGAGUCUGCAUGCUCCUUGAAAGGCAAGGGCAUUCCCACCGGUGAUUGCUUGCACCUGGUGGGGCUCUAUUUUAGACCCACCACUAGCAAGCAAUCCUUCGUUGGGAACAGCUGCUCUGUGUAGUGGAACCUUUGUCCGUUGCACCCUGAACUCUUGCCCAUAGAAACUCUGAUUUUGAACCCGGACCAGCUGACAACCUUCAGUGACUCUCUGACAGCCUUUCUCAACCUUUGGACCCUGGAGGAACCCUUGAAAUAUUUUUCAGGCCCCGGGGAACCCCUGCACAUUCAGGCUCAAAUAUAGGCCAGAAGUUACCAAAUUAUUAUAUUUGUUUCAUGGGUAGGCCUGUAUAUAUGUAUAUACUAAUAUACAUAUAUUAGUAUAUACAUAUAUAGUACAUAUAUGCUAAUAUAUUAAUAGUGUUCUUAAACUAAAAAUAAAGAAUGAAACUGACCUCUUUAA